UGAUCUUAUAGGAAUUUUAACAUGGCGUAUUUUUCUAUUCUUCAACUUUGAUUGGUAUCAAAGCAAACCUAAUGUGAAUCUCCAUCACAUUGGAUCAUGACGUUGGAUUACCAAGAAACCCGAUCAACACCUUCAUCUUGAUUGAAGCCCAAGUGCUUUGCAAGCUCUCAUCCUUUGAUUACUUCCUCCAUCGUGGUUGUCGCUUCUCACGAAUGCCCAUGGCUUAUCAUCAGCGGACGCAACCUGCGGAAGCAUGUUGGGCUAUGGAGGACGAUGACCGAGCAGAUGCUCGAUUCGAGUAUAUCAUCGUAGUGGCUUGUUCCACUGAUUGAAGGGUGCGUACUUGGGAAUGCUGAAUUGGUAGGACAGAGCAAAUAUAGAAGUGGAUUUCUUUAGGGAUAGAAUUUUUGACAAUAAGGAGAUUUCCAAACAUGAAAUCAAGGGCGAAGAAGAAGCAAACAUGCAAAAGGUUGCUUAACAUGAAACCAUGCAUGUACAAGAAGAAUUCUCGCCAAGUACUUACUAAAAUAAAAGAAAAGAUGAGAAAGGAGAAGACAAUUGAAGAAGAAUAUGGUGAUGUAAUGAUAUAUCGAUGGUCAGAUCUUCACCAACCUCUUCUUGAACUGAUAUUGAGACAUCUACCUCUACCCGACCGCCGAAUGUUCAGCUCUGUUUGCCGCUCAUGGCAUGAAGCCGAGAAGCAAUGUCUCCAUCCUCCACCUCCUCAACUCCCUUGGAUCAUGCUCCAGACAUACUAUUCUAGGAAAACACACAGAUUCUUUAGUCUAUCCGAGAAUCGAGUGUAUGAUAUAAAACUUCCUAGAAUGAGUGACAAACGUUAUCUGGCGUCUUGUGGAGCCUGGCUUUUAGCGGAGGAUGAUAAUUCUGACAAGCAUUUUCUUAUAAAUCCUUUCUCUAAAGAACGAAUUCGUCUCCCACAUUGCAAAGAUUUUUUUUGCGAUGGAGGUAUCUUGACAUCGCCUCCAACUAAUCCCGACUGUCUAGUUCUGCUCCAUCACUCAAAGUCACUCCGGAUCCUGCAUCUGGGAAGAGACAGUUCGUGGAGGAGCCAGAGUCUCAUGAACAACCAUUACUACCUCCCGUUCAUCUACCUCAAGGGUAAGUUAUAUAGCUUGAAUCAUUGGAGUGAGCUUGUGGUCAUCGACCUUCUUCCAUACCCUAAAGAGAGGUUAGUGGAAUUAGAUGAUGGACAACUGCCACCAUUGGAGGAUUGCUUUCAGGAAGUUUUGGUGGAAUCUUGUGGAGAGAUAUUGCUAGUUAUAGUGACCACACAUGUGGAUGAGUCUGUCAAAUUCCUCGAAUGUUUGUAUUUGUUUGAAGUUUUCAAGUUAGAUUGGGAUGUUAUGGCAUGGGUGAAGGUCGAAAGCUUGGGCGAUCGGAUGUUGUUUUUGACCCAUCAAGGUUCUAUUUCUGUUUCUGCAGCCAAAACUGGAGGGAAAGGGAAUCACAUCUACUAUAUUCCGACUGGGAGGAAGUAUUUCAUCGAAUUCAACUUAGGGAGCAGAAUUCCAGCGACUUGUUCAAUACCUGACCCUCAUUAUAUGAAUCGGCCUUUCUGGGUAACAACCAUGUGACACAAGGGCUUUUUUGGAUGAUGUUAUUCAAAUGAUUUUCUGAAAACAAACAUGUAAAGAAAAUACCAUGAGAAAUAGUUACUGAAAACUAUAUAUUUUUUUUUUUGGGAACUUUGUUAGGAUGAAAUUGUCUGUUUUAUUAUUAUUUAUUUAAAAUAUUGUUUGAAUG